CAACACGCUAUAAAGGAGGGUACUUCUCGCCCUGCUGUUAAAUCCUCGUCAGCGGACAACUUUGCGCAUUUCUUUUGCUCUCCCGCCAUCUGUGAGGAGUGAAGAGUCGGAGCCAUGUCUCGUUUUGACAGGAAGGAGUUCGGUGAAGCGGCGCCGUUUUUACGCAAAUCCGACUUGGAGCAACUGACGGUGCAAACAGUCAGCUUUGACGGUAAGAAGCGAGCGUGGAUCCCUGAUGAGAAAGAGGCGUACAUUGAAAUCGAGAUCAAGGAGACAACUGGGGACAAAGUCGUCGUCCAGACCAAAGAUGGGAAGACUCGAACCGUGAAGGAUGGAGACAUUCAGCAGAUGAACCCACCCAAGUAUGAUAUGUUAGAAGACAUGGCAAUGUUGACGCAUCUCAACGAGGCCUCUGUCCUCUUCAACCUGCGCAGACGCUACUCCGCCUGGAUGAUCUAUACAUACUCGGGUCUCUUCUGUGUCACUGUGAACCCGUACAAAUGGCUGCCAGUCUACACGGCGCCCGUGGUCGCCGCCUACAAAGGCAAACGCCGCUCUGAAGCGCCGCCACACAUCUAUUCCAUCGCAGAUAAUGCCUACAAUGACAUGCUGCGUAAUCGGGAGAACCAGUCCAUGCUAAUCACCGGAGAAUCCGGUGCUGGCAAAACUGUCAACACGAAACGUGUCAUUCAGUAUUUUGCCAUUGUGGCAGCUCUUGGGGAAGCAUCUGCUAAGAAAGCAGCUCCUGCCACCAAGACGGGGGGGACCUUGGAAGAUCAAAUCAUUGAGGCCAACCCUGCUAUGGAAGCGUUUGGUAAUGCCAAAACAUUGAGGAAUGACAACUCAUCCCGUUUUGGAAAGUUUAUCAGGAUACACUUUGGUCCCACGGGCAAACUGGCUUCUGCUGACAUUGAUAUAUAUCUUCUGGAAAAAUCCAGAGUUAUUUUCCAGCAGCCAUGCGAGAGGAGCUACCAUAUCUACUACCAGAUCAUGUCUCAGAAGAAACCAGAACUUUUAGAUAUGCUGCUGGUGUCUUCCAACCCGUACGACUAUCACGUCUGCUCCCAGGGGGUGAUCACUGUGGAGAACCUGGAUGAUGGAGAGGAGCUCAUGGCCACCGAUCACGCCAUGGACAUCCUGGGUUUCAGUCUCGACGAAAAGUAUGGCUGCUAUAAAAUAGUCGGGGCCAUAAUGCACUUCGGCAACAUGAAGUUCAAGCAAAAGCAGCGCGAGGAGCAGGCGGAUGCCGACGGCACUGAAAGUACGGACAAGGCCUCGUACCUGAUGGGAGUCAGUUCAGCUGACCUCAUCAAAGGCCUCCUUCACCCAAGGGUGAAAGUGGGCAAUGAGUAUGUGGUGAAGGGACAGAAUGUUGAACAGGUUAACUACGCUGUGGGCGCUCUGGCCAAAGCCACAUAUGACCGCAUGUUCAAAUGGCUGGUGGGAAGGAUCAACAAGACCUUGUACACCUCGCUGCCUCGCCAGUUCUUCAUAGGAGUUCUGGACAUCGCUGGCUUUGAAAUCUUUGAACUCAACAGCUUCGAGCAGCUGUGCAUCAACUUCACCAAUGAGAAACUGCAACAGUUCUUCAAUCAUCACAUGUUUAUCCUGGAGCAGGAGGAGUACAAAAGGGAGGGCAUUGAAUGGACCUUCAUUGACUUUGGCCUGGACCUCCAAGCAUGUAUUGAUCUCAUUGAGAAGCCUCUUGGCAUCAUGUCAAUCCUGGAAGAGGAGUGCAUGUUCCCGAAAGCCACAGACAACAGCUUUAAAGCCAAGAUGUACGACAAUCACAUUGGCAAAUCCCCCAAUUUCCAAAAGCCACGGCCGGACAAGAAGCGCAAGUACGAGGCUCACUUCGAGCUUGUGCACUAUGCAGGAGUGGUGCCAUACAACAUCAUUGGCUGGCUAGACAAAAACAAAGAUCCACUUAAUGAGACGGUGGUGGCGGUUUUCCAGAAGUCCGCUAACAAGCUGUUAGCUUCUCUCUAUGAGAAUUACGUCGGUUCAGAUUCAGCUGAUCCUAAGCCGGGGACCAAGGAGAAGCGGAGAAAGGCGGCCUCUUUCCAGACUGUGUCCCAGCUUCACAAGGAAAAUCUAAACAAGCUGAUGACUAACCUGCGCAGCACCCAGCCCCACUUUGUGCGCUGCAUCAUCCCCAAUGAGACCAAGACUCCAGGGAUCAUGGACGCAUUUCUAGUGCUGCACCAGCUCCGCUGCAACGGGGUGUUGGAGGGCAUCAGAAUCUGCAGAAAGGGCUUUCCCAAUCGCAUCUUCUACGCUGAGUUUAAGCAGCGCUAUCGUAUUCUGAACCCACAAGCCAUCCCAGAUGAUAAGUUUAUGGAUAGCAGGAAAGGAGCAGAGAAGCUGCUUGGCUCCUUGGAUCUUGACCGUAGCCAGUAUAGAUUUGGACACACAAAGGUGUUCUUCAAGGCUGGUCUACUGGGUCAGCUGGAGGAAAUGAGGGACGAACGUCUUGCCAAAGUGUUGACGAUGCUGCAGGCCGUUGCUCGAGGCAAAAUCAUGAGGAUGCUGCUGAGGAAGAUGUUGGAAAAAAAGGAUGCUUUGAUGAUCAUCCAGUGGAAUAUCCGGGCCUUCAACACAGUCAAACACUGGCCCUGGAUGAAGCUCUUCUUCAAGAUCAAGCCUCUUCUGAGAAGUGCGGCCACAGAGAAGGAGCUGGCCGCUAUGAAAGAGGAGCUGGCCAAGCUGAAGGAGGCCUUGGAGAAAUCCGAGGUAAAGCGUAAGGAGCUGGAGGAGCGGCAGGUCGGCCUGACCCAAGAGAAGAACGACCUCUCGCUCCAGCUGCAGACAGAGCAAGAUAAUCUUGCCGACGCCGAAGACCGCUGCGACCUGCUCAUCAAAACUAAGUUCCAGCUGGAGGCCAAAGUGAAAGAACUCCUCGAGAGGCUGGAGGAUGAGGAGGAGACAAGCUCUAAUGUGUUGGCCAAGAAGCGGAAGCUGGAGGACGAGUGUUCCGAGCUGAAGAGAGACAUUGACGACCUGGAGGUCACCUUGGCCAAAGUGGAGAAGGAGAAACACGCCACUGAGAAUAAGGUGAAGAACAUGAUUGAGGAAAUGGCCGCUCUGGAUGAAAACAUAAUGAAGCUAACUAAGGAGAAGAAGGCCCUCCAAGAGGCCCACCAGCAGACUCUUGAUGAUCUUCAGGCAGAGGAAGACAAAGUCAACUCUCUGACUAAAGCCAAGGCCAAGCUGGAGCAGCAAGUUGAUGAUCUGGAGGGCUCCCUAGAACAAGAGAAGAAGCUGCGUAUGGACUUAGAACGAGCCAAACGCAAGCUGGAGGGAGAUCUAAAACUCUCUUUGGAAUCUGUCAUGGAUCUGGAGAACGACAAACAGCAGGCUGAAGAGCGGCUCAAAAAAAAAGACUUUGAACUAAGUGAAAUGAACUCAAAAAGAGAAGACGAGCAGGCGUUGGUCAAUCAGCUCCAGAAGAAAAUCAAAGAGUUACUGGCUCGCAUAGAGGAGCUGGAGGAAGAGCUGGAGGCCGACAGAUCUUGUAGAGCUAAAGUGGAGAAGCAGCGUGGCGAUGUGGCCAGAGAGCUCGAGGAUCUGAGCGAGCGCCUGGAAGAGUCCGGCGGAGCGACGUCGGUCCAGAUAGAGAUCAAUAAGAAGAGAGAGACUGAUUUCCUGAAGCUGCGGCGGGAUCUCGAGGAAGCCAUGCUGCACCACGAGACCACCACCGGCGCCUUGAGGAAGAAGCACGCCGACAGCGUUGCUGAGCUGAGCGAGCAGCUCGACAGCCUGCAGCGAGUCAAGCAGAAGCUGGAGAAAGAGAGGAGCGAGGCCAAGAUGGAGGCAGAUGACCUGGCCUCCACUGUGGAACAACUCUCCAAGGGCAAGGCUAAUGCAGAGAAGAAUUGUCGUCUGUAUGAAGAUCAGAUGAACGAAGCCAAAGCCAAAGCGGAGGAACUCCAGAGGCAGCUCAAUGAUAGCAGCAACCUCAAGGCCCGAGCUCAGGCUGAGAGCGCCGAGAUGGGAAGGAAGCUGGAAGAGCGUGAAUCGACGGUCUCACAGCUCCAGCGCGCCAAGACCUCCUUCGGCCAAAAUGCCGAGGACCUCAAGAAGCAGCUGGAGGAGGAGGCGAAGGCUAAGAACGCCCUGGCGCACGCCCUACAGUCUUCCCGCCAUGACUGUGAUCUCCUCAGAGAGCAGUAUGACGAGGAACAAGAGGCCAAGGCGGAGAUGCAGAGAGCUCUGUCCAAGGCCAACGCUGAGGUUGCACAGUGGAGGACCAAAUAUGAAACUGAUGCCAUCCAGAGGACCGAAGAGCUGGAAGAAGCAAAGAAGAAGCUGGUGGCGCGACUUCAAGAGGUAGAGGAGACAAUGGAGGCCUCCAAUGCCAAGUGCUCCUCUCUGGAGAAGACCAAGCACAGACUCCAGACAGAGAUCGAAGACUUGGCCAUCGAUUUGGAACGUGCCAACGCUGCAGCUGCUGCCCUGGACAAGAAGCAACGGAAUUUUGACAAGGUGCUGGCUGAGUGGAAACAGAAGUAUGAGGAGUGUCAGAUGGAGCUGGAAGGUUCUCAGAAAGAGUCUCGCGGUCUGAGCACGGAGCUGUUCAAACUGAAGAACUCCUACGAGGAGACUCUGGAUCAUCUUGAGACCAUCAAGCGGGAGAACAAGAACCUGCAAGAGGAGAUCGCUGACCUGUCUGACCAAGUCAGUCAGGGACACAAAACCAUCCAGGAGCUGGAGAAGAUGAAGAAAUCUCUGGACUUGGAGAAAAGUGAGAUCCAAGCAGCUCUGGAAGAAGCUGAAGGCACGCUGGAGCAUGAAGAAAGCAAAACUCUUCGCAUCCAACUGGAGCUCAACCAGAUCAAGUCUGACGUUGACAGGAAGUUGGCAGAGAAGGAUGAAGAAAUCGACACCCUUCGCCGGAACCAGCAGAGAGCCCUGGACUCCCUGCAGGCCACCUUGGAUGCCGAGACCAAGUCUCGCAAUGAGGCGGUGCGGCUGAGGAAGAAGAUGGAGGGAGACCUGAAUGAGAUGGAGGUGCAGCUGAGCCACGCCAACAGGCAGGCCGCGGAGUCUCAGAAACUCUUGAGGAAUCUGCAGCUUCAGAUCAAGGACAUUCAACUGGAGCUGGACGACACCACCCACAAGAAGGAGGAGCUGCAGGAGCAGGUGGCCUUGACCGAGCGUCGCAACAACCUGCUGGCCGCCGAGGUGGAGGAGCUCAGGGCUCUUCUGGAGCAGAACGACCGCGCUCGCAAGAUGGCGGAACACGAGCUGCUUGAAGCUACCGAGAGGGUCAACCUGCUGCACUCGCAGAACACGAGUCUGAUCAACCAGAAGAAGAAGCUGGAAGGUGAUCUCUCCACGCUGUCCAACGAGGUGGACGACGCGGUGCAGGAGUGUCGCAAUGCAGAGGAGAAGGCCAAGAAGGCCAUCACUGAUGCGGCCAUGAUGGCAGAGGAGCUGAAGAAGGAGCAAGACACCAGCGGCCAUCUGGAGAGGAUGAAAAGGAACAUGGAGCAGACCAUCAAGGACCUGCAGCUGCGUCUGGACGAGGCCGAGCAGAUCGCUCUGAAGGGAGGCAAAAAGCAAGUCCAGAAGUUGGAGUCCAGGGUGAAAGAACUGGAGAACGAACUGGACGCGGAGCAGAAGAGAAACCAAGAGCAGCAGAAGACCGUACGCAAAUACGAGAGAAGAGUCAAAGAGUUGUCCUAUCAGGGCGAGGAGGACAAGAAGAGUGUGUUGCGCCUGCAGGAUCUCAUUGACAAGCUGCAGAUGAAAGUCAAGAGUUACAAAAGACAGUCUGAGGAAGCGGAGGAGCAGGCCAAUACCAACUUGGCCAAGUACAGGAAGCUCCAACAUGAGCUGGACGAUGCGGCAGAGCGAGCUGACACGGCCGAAUCUCAAGUCAACAAGCUGCGCGUCCGCACACGAGACCAAGGCAGCAAGCUCCCUGAGUGACGGCGAGGCUGCAUGCAGACGUCACAAACAGCUGCAACAGCUGGCUUGAACGACGACUUGGAACUUUGGCGUGUGUUUGUGUGUGUGAACUUAUGCUAGAAGAAUCCCACAAUAACUCUAAAGAAUGGACUUUAU